CGCGAGGCUUGGGCUCCUGGCCUGUCGCGGUCUGCAGGUGCUGCCGUCUUCGACGCUGUCCAGUGAUCUUUUGACUGUCACACAUGGACUUCGAAAAAUCUCCAAAGGAAACUGUCCUCAUUACAGGAGAAGGUGGCUAUUUUGGUUUCCGCCUAGGCUGUGCUCUGAACCAGAAAGGAUUCCAUGUGAUUCUGUUUGACAUCAGCAGCCCUGCUCAUUCUAUUCCAGAAGGAAUCAAGUUUAUCCAUGGAGACAUUCGCCACCUCUCUGACGUGGAGAGCGCCUUCCAGGAUGCGGAUGUCACGUGUGUGUUCCAUAUUGCCUCUUACAGCAUGUCGGGGCGGGAGCAGCUGAAUUGGAGCCUGAUUGAAGAAGUCAAUGUGGGGGGCACAGACAACAUCCUCCAGGUUUGCAGGAGGAGAGGGGUGCCAAGAUUUGUUUACACCAGCACUUUCAAUGUCAUCUUUGGAGGUCAAGUUAUCAGAAAUGGAGAUGAAUCUCUGCCUUACCUACCUCUUCACCUCCAUCCCGAUCACUACUCUCGGACCAAAUCUAUUGCAGAGAAGAAGGUGCUGGAGGCCAAUGGUACCAGCCUGAUGGGUAUGAUAGAAAUCAUAUUGGAGCCAUGGAGCCAGACUGAGGAAGACUGGAAAUGUCUUGAAUUUCUCUGAGCCAAAAAUGUACUUAUUUCUGUUCCCUACACUCUGCAUCCACUGAAAAUAGACUAAAAUGUGCACUGAUAUGGGAAUGGCAGAACACUAACAGGCUUGAAAAUGUGUGAAAAACCCCAAAUUGGGUCAGAUCCCUACAGACCAACCCUCUGAGGAGAUGGUAGCUGUUGAGAGGCAUUAGCUCUUCAUUCCUAUAGGAUUUAGGAAUUAGUUCUUGCCCUUUAUGAUAUAAGGCAUGACCCAUGUGUGAC